AUGCGCCGUAGAGUGUACAAGGAACUGCACGAAGACAUAGGGCAUCUUGGAUUGGAAAGGGUUCUUGCGCUUGCCAGAGAUCGUUUUUACUGGCCGUAUAUGAGACGAGAUAUAGAAUAUUUCAUUACUCGUGUUUCCCACUGUGUAAAGAACAAGCGUCCCACACUUCCAACCCGUGAACCCCUCCAUCCCAUAGUUACGACUUCUCCCUUCCAACUGAUUGCUGUCGACUAUGUUCACCUUGAGCGCAGUUCUGGAGGAUAUGAAUACAUUUUAGUGACCGUGGACCAUUUUACGAGAUACGCUCAAGCAUAUGCCACGAAAAACAAAUCAGGUGCAAUAGCUGCGGAGAAGAUUAUUAAUGACUUUGUUCCAAGAUUCGGAUUCCCAGAGAAGAUCAACCAUGAUAUGGGUCGAAAACAACCUAUUCAAGCAGUUAGAGAAAUUGUCUGGGGUACGUCAUUCCAGAACCACUCCUUAUCAUCCUCAGGGGAAUGGUCAAGUCGAGCAAAUGAAUAGAACUUUGGUUGCAAUGCAGCGGACUCUGCCAGAAACUCACAAGACAAAUUGGAAAGACCAUCUGUCUAAACUUGUCCAUGCAUAUAAUUGUACUCGCCACGAAGCCACCGGCUACGCCCCUUUCUUUCUCCUGUUUGGCCGCUCCCCAUGACUACCCAUUGAUCUAGCGUCCAACCUGAAAGAUAAAGAUGGCACCACCACCUAUUCCCAGUGUGUCUCGAAGUGGCAAACAGCAAUGAAGGAAGCAUACGCCAAAGCUUCAAACCUAGCAUCGAAGAACGCCUCGCGAGGUAAAAAGCAGUACGACAAGAAAGUCCGAUCGACAGUUCUUCAACCUGGAGACCGGGUUUUAGUACGGAAUUUGACACCAAGAGGAGGCCCGGGGAAGUUGCAGUCUUUCUGGGAGGAUGAGGUACACGAAAGGCCCGGACAGACCGGUAUAUGA